UAAAAAGAUUAGUCUUUUUUUCUUUCUUCAGUAUACUUUUUAAGUUUUUAUUCAAUUUUGAGUGGAAACAUUUCUAAAAUAGGCUUCUUCCAUUUUUUUUUAAAGUUUUUUGGUUUAUUUUCAUUGGUUUAUAAAGAAUGGGAGAAGGAGAGCAAAAACGGAAACAUCCCGGUUGGUAAUAUGUCAUCUUAGAAAACGAAAAAGAUACGAACACAUGUAAAUGUAUGUUUUGUGGAAAAAUCACAAAGGGUGGCAUUUUUCGGGCAAUACAACACUUAGUGGGUAGAAAUCGAAAUAUUAAAGUAUGCUUGAAAUGCCUUACCAAUGUAAGAGAGGAAUUGAAAGAGUACCAAAUGAAGACAAAAGCAAAGAGGGAGGAAAGCAAUGCCCUCCCCAACUAUGGUGGUGCUUAUGAUUUGAAUAUAAUUGAUGGAGAUGAGAUGGAGGAUGAGAUGGAAGUUGGUGGAUGUGGAUCAAGUAUCGGAACAUCUAAAAAAUGAGCAAUUCAAUAACAAUCACAACCGCAAGUACAUCCAUCACGAACUAAAGGAGCAAUGGGUAAAUUUGUAUAUCUAAAUCUAGCCAAGGUAGUUGAUGAGCGGAAUAGAUUAAAGAAGCUGAAGCAAUCAACCAUCACCGAAAAAUACAACAAAGAAGGGAGAGAUGCUAUAGUUCAAUUUAUCAUGCGUUGGAUUUAUCAAGCAGGUAUUUCUUUGAAUACAAUUGGGUUGAAAAGUUUUCAAAUAAUGAUUGAAACCAUAAGACAAUUUGGACCUGGGUUGAUACCUCCUUCUUAUCAUGAGGCUAGAGUGACAUGCUUAAAAAAGGAAGUAGAAUAUACAAAAAAUUUAAUGAGCAACCAUGAGGUUGAAUGGAAAAAAAAAUUGUUGUUCUUUGAUGUCUGAUGGGUGGACUGAUAGAAGAGAUAGAACCUUGAUAAAUUUUUUAGUGCAUUCUGCUGCGGGGACAUUGUUUUUGGAAUCGAUUGAUGCAUCUUCAUGCAUCAAAACUGGAGAAAAAGUAUUUGAACUCUUGGAUAGCAUGGUGGAAAAGAUAAGAGAAGAGAAUAUUGUCCAAGUUGUGACUAAUAAUGCCUCAGCUGACAAAUAUUUGGAAGCUAAGCGGCCACAUUUAUAUUGGACACCAUGUGCUGUCUACUGUUUAGAUUUGAUAUUAGAGGUCAUUGGAAAGAUCGAUUAGAUCAAAAGGUGCCUUAAAAGGGCUGUAGCACUAAGUGGUUUUAUUUAUAAUCACAUGUACAUACUUAACAUGAUGAGGGAGUUUACCAAUCAACAUGAAUUGGUGAGACCGGCGGUUACACGUUUUGCAACAUCAUUUUUGACCCUCGCAAGCAUCCAUAGGAAUAAAGCGAACUUGAGAAAGAUGUUUAUUUCUGAUAAAUGGACGACUUCCAAAUGGGCAAAAGAUCCAAAGGGAAAGAGAGCAGUCGACACCAUUUUGAUGUCAAUGUCAUCCUUUUGGAACUCAGUGGUGUACACUUUAAAGACAUCUGGACUAUUAGUUCGAGUACUUAGACUUGUCGAUGGUGAUAAACUUGCAAUGGGAUAUAUCUAUGAGGCGAUGGAUAGGGCAAAAGAGGCCAUUAAGAGUGGGUUUAAUGAUAAUGAGAUGAAGUACAAUCCAAUUUGGGAGAUUAUUGAUAGAAGAUGGGAUUAUCAACUUCAUCGACCAUUACAUGCUGUUGGCUAUUAUUUGAAUCCAUCACUUUUCUUUGACCAUAAGGAUAGAAUUACUCAAGUUGUUGAAGUCAUGAGUGGUCUUCUUAAAGUUGUACAAAGAUUGAUACCAUCUACUAGUGAUCAAAAUCGAUCCACGAUGGAAUUAGAGUUAUAUUCUGAAGCCACGAUGGAAUUAGAGUUAUAUUCUGAAGCUAAAGGCAUGUUCAGCCUUGACUUAGCAAUCAACACAAGAAAAGUUAAGACGCCAGUACUCCAGUUUUGCAAAAGUUAGCCAUGAGAGUCCUUAAUCUGGCGUGCAACGCUUCUGGGUCUGAGCGCAAUUGGAGUGUUUUUGAACAUAUUCAUACGAAAAAGAGGAACAGGUUGGAACAGAAGCAUUUAAAUGAUCUCGUUUAUAUAAAGUAUAAUCAAGCACUUAAAGAGUGCUUUGAUUUAAAGGAUCAACUUGAUCCAAUCUCCUUAGACAUAGACGAGAGUAAUGAAUGGUUGGUCGGAACAUUGGAUGAAGAAAAUAAUGAAGCUGAAGUUGAUAAUGAGCUAGUUUUUGAUGAUGAUGACCUCACUUGGGGAGAUGUAACUCGUGCUAAUGGCGUUACAGAAUCCAUCACGUAUACUAGAUCAAAAGGAAAGUCAGCUGCCUCUACCUCCACUUUUAGAGUUCAAAAGCAAACACCAAUUAUACAAGUGUUUGGUGAUGAAGAUGAGGACGACGAUGAAGAGGAAUUAGACAUUGAGGAGGACAAUGGCCAAGGGGGAGGAAUAGAUGAAACCUUAGAUUUAGAUGGGGAUGAUGUUGAAUUUGACGUUUGAUCAUGUCUUGAACUUUUACUUUUAGAAUUUUGUUCAUUUUUAUUUAUUAGAUUACUAUUAUUAAUUUUUGAGGCUUUGACAUUUGUAUAUAAACUUAUGUUUUUCUUCUACACGUAUUAUAUAUUUAUUUAUUGCCGUUCGGGCGUCGCCUUUUUGUUGCCUCUUGCCUUGAGGCGAUCAAGGGACUUGUCGCCUUGAGGUGUGCCUUGCGCUUUGAAAAUACUGCUUGUUAGACACAUAUCAAAGACUCGUUAGCACAAUAGAUAUGUGUUACAAGCUAAUUGUAUAAAAUCAUUAUAGGUCCAACAUUUGUUAGACAUAGUGAAUCCUUGUUAAAUACUUAAUAAAUACAUAAUAUUAUAGGACAAAAAUAAUAAAAUCUGAGAGUGAAAUGCUUCAAACUCCAUUUCUUAAGUGCAUAUAAAUACAUACAAUUGUGCCCUAGAUUUUCAUAAAAUGAUGCAUUUCUUUGUCGUAUCCGUAUCUCUGCUAUAUAGGUGGUAGCACUACCAUGAACCUCCUCCUCGAUGUCUUGAGAUUGAAUAGGAAAGUUAAAACUAACAUUUGUUUGAUCAAUUACUACUUUGUUUCACAAAUCUACCUUAAUAUUGAUAGGGUAUUACCAUUGGUGCAACGAUUACUAAGCGUAGAUCCAUCAGUACUGAUCGAUUACUCAA